AGGACUACAAGUCCCAUAGUGCAAACCACGAAUCGCUCUCCUGUUUGUUUCCCUGGUCACAGAACAUGGCGGCGUGGUAGAACGACUAUACAUCGCAAAUACCCUGCUCUGAUUUAGUUAAGAUGGCUGGUGACUCCUUAGACAAAAAAGAUGCGGAUCCCUCGGGGGCUAAGGAGAGGGAGAGAAAACGCAGCCGCUCUCGGUCCCGCGACCGCGAGCGAAAGGGCUCUCCUGGCAAAGAGCGCAAGCGCCACCGCUCCCGAGAGCGGAAGAGGUCACGCAGCCGCUCCAAGUCCGCGGACAGAGAUCGGCGGCAGAAGGACAAGGAGAGGGACAAGCAGCGAGACAGGGAGAUGGACAGAGACAGGAAUCGCAAGGACAGGGACCGGGAGAAGGACAGCCACCGGCGGGACAAGGACCGCAGCCGGAAAACCAGCACAUCCCCCAAAUCGAAGGAGAUCAGAAUAAAGAGGGAGAAGGAUGUGAAAAGGGAAGAGGAGGAAGAGGAGGACAAAAAGAAGAAAGAAAAGGUCCAGCCUCUGUCUUUGGAGGAGCUUCUGGCCAAGAAAAAAGCUGAGGAGGAGGCAGAGGCGAAGCCUAAGUUUCUGUCCAAAGCAGAGCGAGAGGCAGAGGCCAUUCGAAGAAGGGAACAGGAGACAGAGGAGCGACGUAGGCUCUUGGACGAGGAGAGGAAGAAGAGGAGAGUCUUCCAGGACAUCGGGAGGAAGAUGCUUGAGGACCCGCAGGAGCGUGAGCGCCGAGAACGUCGGGAGCGCAUGGAGAGGGAGAACAACGGCAUGGAGGACGAUGACAGCCGGCAGAAGAUCCGCGAGGAGAAGGACAAGGGGAAGGAGCUGCAGGCGAUCAAGGAGCGCUACCUUGGGGGAAUAAAGAAGCGGCGGCGGACGCGGCACCUCAACGACAGGAAGUUUGUGUUUGAGUGGGACGCCUCCGAAGACACAUCCAUCGAUUACAACCCCCUGUACAAAGAGAAACACCAGGUGCAGCUCUACGGCCGUGGCUUCAUCGCGGGCAUCGACCUCAAGCAGCAGAAGAGGGACCAGUCUCGCUUCUACGGGGACCUGAUGGAGAAGAGGCGCACCAUGGAGGAGAAGGAGCAGGAGGAGCUCAGGCUGAAGAAAAUGCGUAAGAAGGAGGCCAAGCAGCGCUGGGAUGACCGGCACUGGUCUCAGAAGAAGCUGGAGGAGAUGACCGACAGGGACUGGAGGAUCUUCAGAGAGGACUACAGCAUCACCACCAAAGGCGGCAAGAUUCCCAACCCCAUCCGCAACUGGAAGGAGUACACACUGCCGCCACACAUCCUGGAGGUCAUCGACAAGUGCGGUUACAAGGAACCCACCCCCAUCCAAAGGCAGGCCAUUCCUAUUGGUCUUCAGAACAGAGACAUCAUUGGCGUGGCUGAGACUGGCAGUGGUAAAACCGCAGCCUUCCUCAUCCCCCUGCUGGUGUGGAUCACCACCCUGCCCAAGAUCGACAGGCUCGAGGAUUCGGACCAGGGCCCCUAUGCGGUGAUCCUGGCACCCACGCGUGAGCUGGCGCAGCAGAUUGAGGAGGAGACGAUCAAGUUCGGCAAGCCGCUUGGCAUCCGGACAGUGGCGGUGAUCGGCGGGAUCUCGCGAGAGGACCAGGGCUUCAGGCUGAGGAUGGGCUGCGAGAUCGUGAUCGCUACUCCUGGUCGUCUGAUUGAUGUCUUGGAGAACCGGUACCUAGUGCUCGGCCGCUGCACAUACGUGGUCCUAGACGAGGCCGAUCGCAUGAUUGACAUGGGUUUCGAGCCGGACGUGCAGAAGAUUUUGGAAUACAUCCCCGUCACAAACCAGAAGCCGGACACGGACGAGGCCGAGGACCCAGAGAAGAUGCUGAUGAACUUUGAAUCUGGGAAGAACAAGUAUAGGCAGACCGUCAUGUUCACAGCCACCAUGCCUCCAGCCGUGGAACGUUUAGCCAGAAGUUACCUGCGGCGCCCUGCUGUGGUCUACAUCGGUUCUGCAGGCAAGCCCCACGAGAGAGUGGAGCAGAAGGUCCUGCUCAUGUCAGAGGGCGAGAAGAGGAAGAAGUUGUUGGAUGUCCUCGCUCGGGGCUUCGAGCCCCCGAUCAUCAUUUUCGUCAACCAGAAGAAGGGUUGCGACGUCUUGGCCAAGUCCCUGGAGAAGAUGGGGUACAAUGCCUGCACACUUCACGGUGGCAAGGGCCAGGAGCAGAGAGAGUUUGCUCUCUCCAACCUCAAGGCCGGUGCCAAGGACAUCCUAGUGGCCACGGAUGUUGCUGGCAGAGGUAUCGACAUCCAGGACGUAUCUAUGGUCGUCAACUACGACAUGGCCAAGAACAUAGAGGACUACAUCCAUCGUAUUGGCCGUACGGGUCGUGCGGGGAAGAGUGGCGUCGCCGUGACCUUCCUGACCAAGGAGGACUCGUCGGUCUUCUACGACCUGAAGCAGGCCAUCCUGGAGAGCCCCGUGUCCACCUGCCCCCCCGAGCUGAGCAACCACCCCGACGCCCAGCACAAACCCGGCACCAUCCUCACCAAGAAGAGGCGGGAGGAGACCAUCUUCGCGUGAGGGUCUGCCUCCGCAUGGCCCCUGGGUCCACCCGCCCACCUCGCUCUUCCCCGCCUCCCAUUGGUUUGCCUUCAUCCAUUUCCGUCUUUAGUUUUAAAAUCACAGUCUUCACGUUUUCCCAGGUUUUCCCUCGUGUGUUUUUAUGGGAAACCCACUGCUUUUGCCUGGUGGUGCCACCUGACACCAGCCCAUUCGGCCUGCUGGCUCCCCCUGCUGGUUACUCGGGACCGUGCAUCUGACUGGGUUCAUUCUUGCAAAUCAGCAGGGAUUUUUUUUUGUUGUUCUUGCAGGAUGUUUUUGAGGAGGGAGGGGCAACGAAAUGCCAAUUUAUCAAGGUUUUCCUUGGAAAUAAUAUUUUCUGUAUAUUUUUUUUUAAAUGCCAGUUCAUUUAAGUUGUUUUGUAGUGUUGUGAAAAGGGUACAGCUGUAAACCUGAAUGCAAUUAAAAAGUCCCAUUAAAACUGGAACAUGCUAGUUACCCCCUUCAGUAAAUCAGUCUUUAAUUACAGUCAGACGUAAUAUGUCUUGUGAAAUGUGUCCAUCUUUUAAAUAAAUCUCCCCCCCCUUUU